AUGAAGAAGAGUCGCCUCAUCGGCAGCAAACGAACAAACUCCCCCUCCCCUCCCCUCGCCUCACCUCGUCCAUCAGUUGCGAGGGGGGUCCACAGCGGCACAGAUAAAGAUGGGGUCGGAGGUCACGGAGGAUCCUCAGCCAUUCUCUCUCCUGUGGUGCAGACUGUGCUUCAAAUGGGCUUUGAGUCCAGUCUGGUGGAGAGUCUGGUCCAGACCAAGUAUCUGCUGUCAGGCCAGCACUACACCUCAGUGUCUGACCUGGUGUCUGAUGUACUGCAGGCAGAGGAGGAGGACAGACACACGGCUCCACAGAGCACAGAGGCAGAGGAGAGGCAGAGCUCCAGUUCUGGAAAUGUGAGGAUGCAAACUCCUGUCAGAGGCAAAGUGAAGGAGCCAGGCCCAGAGGAGCUGCUGCGGCAGCUGCAGGAGGAGAGGACCUGUAAGGUGUGCAUGGAUCAGCUGGUGUCCAUCGUCUUCAUCCCCUGUGGUCAUCUGGUGGUGUGUGGCGACUGUGCUGCCAGCCUGCGUCACUGCCCCAUCUGCAGAGCCAUCAUCAGAGGCAGCGUGCGAGCGUUCAUGUCGUGAGGCUGACCCUGCAGGACAGCUGUCCACUAAGUUUAGCUAUUAGAAUAAUAAAAAUUAUAAUAAUAAUAAAAA